UCACUAGUACGUGGGGAAUUCGAGGUCCUUCAACUUAUACGUGUAUCUUUAAACAAACUUUAUGUAUUUUAUUUAUUAUUUAUAUCCUAUUAAAUAAUCCAUUGAUGUUGUUAGUAAUAAGUUUCUCCUAAACUAGUAGCCUUUAGACUACCCCUUCUUUUUUUUUUGGUAGGAGACGAGUUAUGACUUUAACCCCUGAACUCGAAACCACUCUGCAGCAUCCACUCUUUCGGUACAAAUAUCGCAUCCUUAUUGGGACCUAUCUUGCUACUACAAAUUUUUUCUUAUACCGUGUUUACCGUCAAUCAUUCUCAUGGGUAAUCAGGUCUGGGCAGUACGAGACUAUCUUCAAGGGUACAGCGCUGGCCGCCGUCAUAGGAGGGGUAGUUAUGAGUAGUGCUGGGAGGGCAAAGUAUCGGCAGUAUAAGGAAGAGAGCCUGUCGCUCAAAUAUUCAAAUGUUCAAAUGUUCGGGAACCUCCAGUUUAUAGACAUAUGAUGUACAUAUAAAGAUUCUACCUCUCAAAUACUCUUAUAUCCCCAGAUGUUCAGUAGACCGGGCGAGAAUUCUUCUAUAGAAAUUGUCCUCUAGUAAUAUUUCUUUCGUCGUAGUCGUGUUAUUU